CCACCCUACCUUCGGCAUCGAACUUAAGGCUGACUCAAUCGUAGGUUGCUUUUUUUUGGUUUUGUUUUUAAUUUACGUCCUUAUAGUUUAAAUUAAAAACAUAUCAAAAGAAACACAAAUACACACUCCCACUAUGUAUAUCUAUAUGACUUAUAGGAAUAUUGUGUAGUUUUUUUGAAUAUUUUUUUGUAGAUCAUGGACACCCUGUUUGAGUUGACAGAAGAUGAGAAGAAAAUGAGGACAAAUUUCUUUUCUCCUCCUACAUUCACUAUGGCUGAAGCAUCCUCGUUGGCUUACUGCACGAGACUCUGCCUUGGCCCGGUCAAAGUGAAAAGUAUUGGUGAGACCGGUGUAGUUUCUACCGGGUCAAGGCGGAGAGAGGUGCAGUUGGCAAUGGAGGGCAGAUCUGCUCUCCUUACCCUCUGGGGUAAGGACACAGAUCUUGAAGUCGUUACUGGGGAGCUGUACAUCGUACAGAAUAUAGUCCCCAGUAACGACUUUAACAAACAGCGUUGUUAUCCUUCUACACCCCUAACAAAGUUUGAGACUUACGAAAGCGCAGAUUUGAUGGAACAUUUUGAAGGGGUGGUGCAAUCGGUAUCGUUUACCAGCAAUCUGAUCAAAAUCCAGGAUAACAUGUUAACAAUAUCCAAUAACAACCUGGCGAAGAUUUUCCCUGAGGGAAAAUUCAAGUGCGUAGAGGUGGUGGGGAAGAAAAACAGCAGUGAAAUUGAUUGCUUUGAGUACAUACCAACAUUGGAAGUAUUAAACAAUUCAAAAUCAGCAACUGUUAGUUACAAUGCUUCUUUGCAAUAAAAUAUUACACACAUAUUCUAACACAUUUUUGUUGUAUACACCUUUGAAAUGCAUAGUAAAUAUGUCGUGAAUGUCGUUAUGCGCUAUGACCAGAUUUUUUACUUUCCAAAUCUGGUCAUGACCAGAUUUUUACAUGUUGAAGGUUGGCAAGUAUGCUGGCAUAAAAAAUUCAAGUGACCUCGAAUCUUUACAAAAGUGGGAAAAUCAGGCAGUUUACACGUUGCUUUUUAUCUCAUAAAAAACUACAGUUCCUGU